GCAAGGCGUUGUUAUGCGGAAAGAGGAUAACCUGAAGACGAGGGUUUGCGUCCAAUACGACGAUCACUCGAGGCUGAUGUGUUCGGUUCUUUGCUCGCUGAUGGAGCAUCAAAGUUUGGUGGAUUUGGCUAUAAGAUGCGGGAACAACACGAUGCACGCUCAUAAAUGUAUAUUGGCUGCGAGCAGCCCUUAUUUUAGGGAGCAACUGGAGAAGAAUCCUGGUACGGAGCAAGUGAUUAUCAACGGGUUGGAUUUUGUUAUAAUGAAAUCUGUAAUUGAAUUCAUCUAUUGCGGUGAAACGAAUAUAUUGGAGGAGCAUUUGAAGCAUGUCGCGGCUGCGGCGAAGCUGUUUCAGAUUGGCGGUUUGCAGGCUUUGGCACCGGAAGUUAAUUUCGAUUCGGAUGAAUCUAUACAGAUUCCGGCGCCGAUUUUCAUGAACAAGAAGCCGAAGUACUCGAGCGCGUACGUGCCUUACGUGCAGACGCAGAACGUGCCGAUGGAGAAGCACGCUAUACCUUUGCAAACGGAUCCGACGUACAGGAGAUUGAAGAGGAAAUACGUGAAGACGACGAAUAUUUUAGAAGCGGAAAAAGCGUGCGCGCGCGAAGCUCGAGCCAGCAGAUUGGCUUUGGAGGCGUUGAAGAAGGAAUUGGGACCGUCGAAUCAGAUACACACAUUCGAAAUUGAAGACAGCUGCACGGAGACGACGGUGGAGAACUUUAUACCGCACGGCGAGGAGGAGUCUUUUAUGAACGAGCUGGAAGGAAUGCCGCUGCAGGUGGUGAAUUACUCGGAUCUGGCGUCUCCGAUUUUAACCACCUCCGGGCAAAUAAUCAAUCUGCCGAAGGGCUUAUCGAACAGCAUCAUACCGUUCGAGGUGACGAGCGAAUCGGAGAAGACGAUAGAGAAAAUCCGAGACGUUUUCUGUCAGGAAAUGCAGACGAACGUCGAGAUCAUGUACAAAACGCCGGAAGGUGAGUUCGUUAAGGUCACCGAUGAGGUUUUGCGCAACAUAACCGGCGACACGCUCCAAUUUCAAGUGAUCGACGAGAACGGUCGUGAAGGGGAGAUCCAGUUGCUCGACGACAAGAUCAAAAUGAAACCGGAAAACAAUCAGGACGAAGUGGAUGUGGGCGCUGGAAGUGGCGAUGGUAACAAUCAAAACGACGAUUCGAAGAAUCAGAAAGGGAAAACUAAUAACAAAAAGUACGAGGAUGAAGAUUCUUUCGCCGAUUUCAUCAACAGUUCGUUUCCCGAAGAAACCGUAAAUCACGGCAGUCCGGAUCUGAACGGGAUGCUUCUGAAGCUCGGAUCAGCAGAGAAGGCGGAUGCGGAUGAUCGAAGAUCGGAACGAUUGAUCGACGAGGAUCACACCGAUAUUCUCAAGGAAAUCAAUUCGAUGCAGUAUUACGAUAAGAGCGUUUAUGAAGAUGUAGCGGAAAAGAUAGAGUCGGCUUUCGAAAGUGAGCAAUUGGAGAAAAGCAAUGAUGAAGACGCGCCCAACAAGAAGAUUAAGUGCAAGAAGACUGUCGAGGGUGGAGGCGGUGAUGAGCCGGAACCGCGCUACUCCCCAAGGAAGACCAGAUCGAAUAAGUUGAGCGCCACUUUGGAGGACGUCUUCAAAAGCUUGGAGAACAAGAAACGUGCCAUCGCCAAGAAGAAGUAA